AAGUAUUGGGGAAGCCCUCAAGAUAAUUGAGCAUUUUUCAAGAUGGCUGAGUGUUGUCGUUUUGUUAUCGUUCCUCCUGCAAACUUCAGUGCGACUGAGAAGAAGGAAAAUUGGAUAUUAUGAUAUUUAAGGAGUUAGUGAAUGUUUGGUAUGGAAGAAAAUGAACUUCUCGACUCCAUUAAUACGUACAAACAACAGCUGAACCAAGUUGAAACCAUUCUUGUGUCUGGUGAGAAUGAGGAACUUCGCAGUUUGAGAGAAGAUCUUCUUGAAUUGAUAAAGACAACUGAAGAAAGUCUUCUUUGCUUGAAGAAAACAAAACUAUUGGAAUGGAUAAAUACAUCAGAUAAAUAUGAAGAGAAGGAGAGUGAUGUUGCCAUAACCAAAGAUAACAGUCCAGAAGAAUCUUCGAGCACGUCCACAUCGCAUGCCUCGGAUAUAGAGAGGAGCGUCUCAGGAACACGGUGUCGUGCUCCUUAUAGCUUUGAUUGGGGUGUCACCGGCUAUCACAACGCUAUGGUUUACAGCGUUGAAGAAAUGGACUACGGCGGUACGGAUGCAUUCAAGGUGCGAGUUCUAUUUACGAAUCCAACGCACAAGUCGAUGUUGCCAUGUCCGUAUUUCUUGGAUGAAAAAUGUCGAUUUGACAGCGAUAGUUGCAGGUUUUCGCAUGGUCAUAUGGUUGACAUGGCACAACUGAAAGCUUAUGUUGAGCCUGAUUUCAGCUUGCUGAAAGUCGAUGAAAAAUGCUUAGCGAAAUACGACGAUGGUAUUUGGUACAAGGCAACCAUACUGUCUUUGACUGCGGAAGAUGUGGAAAUACAUUAUGACACAUAUAACAGCAACAGGCGUGUAAAACCUGAAGACGUUCUUCCUAUAGCAGAUAGUGUUGAUGAUGAUUCCAAUGUUGAAUCAUGGACUUCAGAUGACGAAACUGGAUCUGAUGAUAAGACAGCUGUAAUUGCAGAGUUUCGUGAAAGCAUUCCAAGCAGUGUUGGUAUAGCUGGUCUAGGAAAUUGGGAAAAACACACAAAGGGAAUCGGAUCACAGCUCAUGGCCAAGAUGGGAUACGUGUUUGGGAAAGGUCUUGGGAAAAACCAAGAUGGUCGAGUUGAACCUGUCGAAAUUAUACUCUUACCAACGGGGAAAUCGCUGGACGCGUGCGCAGAACUACGCGAAAAGAAUCUGCUGAAACAGCCUUUUAUACGCAAAAAAGAAAAAACGACUGAUAUGGGCAAAAACUAUCAGAAAAAUGACAAAGCAAAAGAUGUGUUCGAAUUUAUUAAUCAUACACUGGGAGGAAGGAAAGGAAACAUAGAAGAACUAAAACCAAACCAGAAAAACACGAUUCUCGAUCGUAGGAAAGCUGGAAAAAAGGGAAACGACAGAAAUUAUAACAUCGACCUUUUUAAAUUGGAGCAAGAAAAAUCGAAAUUGCAGAAAAUUCUGGGGAAACAAAAAGACUCUGUUCUUCGAAACAACGGAAGAGGUUCUGCUCUUUUGAGUGAAGCAAAAAAGAAAGUGGACGCCUUGCAAGCGAAGAUAAAAGAAAUUGAAAUGCAGGAAAAAGUUUUGAUGCAAAAAAUUCAUCAACGCAAAGAGCAUAAGAAAUUGUCAAUCUUUUAAAGCACGUUGUGUGAAAGAGUGUUUUUGUUACGUCAGGCUCCUUGAGGCGAGAAAUUGGAUGAAACGUACCCUCUCUUAAGCCGGGCUCUCAGUCGCUUUAGUCGUUUCAGUCAUCUGUAUACAUAGAAGAGCGCACAGAGCUCUGUACUAUUGACUUGCGCUCUUGAGUGAGAUGACUCAAGUCAACUGAAACAACUCGAAAGACUUCUUGAGAACCAGGCUUUACGUACUGUGUUUUUUACUUCUAUCUUUCCUGUUACUUGUUUUAUCUUGGUGUAUCAUCUCUUUUAUACGUCUUGUUAUACUCUACCCUAUGUCUUAUUUGCCAUAUUUUACUACACCCAUCUCUCUUGUCUUAUCUUACUGUACUUCUUUCAUAUUUGCCAUAUUUUACUACACCCAUCUCUCUUGUCUUAUCUUAUAGUACCCUCUCUUAUAUUUGCCAUAUUUUACUACAUCCAUCUCUCCUGUCUUAUCUCACUGUACCUUCUCUUAUUUGCCAUAUCUUACAAUCUACUCUACUCUAUUGUUUUCUUAUUGUACUUUAUGUUCUCUCUUAUAUAUCCUUCUUUAUUGUAUAUAUAUAAUCUUAUCUCUUUUAUUGAUCUUAUCUCUUUUAUUGAUCUUAUCUUAGUCUUACUUUACCCUCGAACUUCUAUUAAAUUUGGUUCUUCUUAGAGAGAGUGUACAACAAGAGUAUAAUAAUGAAAUAAAGCUAAACAAUGAUGGCCAAACAAUUCAAGGUAAUCUCUCCAAACGUAAUAAUUCUUGUAAUAAUACCGCAUGUUUGACCAAAACACGCGACAUUGAUCCCUAAUCUGAUCCAUAGUAAAUGUCGUGGUGGUAUAAGAUUAAGGAUUUGGGUUAGCAUUUGUAGAACAUGAGCAAGCCUUCUGUAUUGAUGUAACAAACAACUGACAAAAAUUAUUAAUUCAGUCAA